UCCAGAACCUUCGUCAGUGAGGAGGUUAUACCCGGAGGUCUCAACGCUCGCUCGUGCUGCUCGUGUUGCCGCUGGGUACCUUUGCUGCCAGUGCUGAUCCAGCCGGAGGCGAAGAGAAGCACUUUGGGGGCGAAAGAAUCUUCUGAUGGCAUGCUAACAAUUGUAGAUGGCAACUGUGUUGGAAACUAGGGGAUCCCAUCUGAGUUGGUCAAAGUCUGCCAAAAAGAAAAAAGAAAACCAAUAUUUAAGAGAAGAGAAAAAUGAAGACGGGACAUUUUGAAAUAGUCACCAUGCUGCUGGCAACCAUGAUUCUAGUGGACAUUUUCCAGGUGAAGGCUGAAGUGUUAGACAUGGCAGAUAAUGCAUUUGAUGAUGAAUACCUGAAAUGUACGGACAGGAUGGAAAUUAAAUACGUUCCCCAACUGCUAAAGGAGGAAAAAGCAAGCCACCAGCAAUUAGAUACUGUGUGGGAAAAUGCAAAAGCCAAAUGGGCAGCCCGAAAGACUCAAAUCUUUCUCCCUAUGAAUUUUAAGGAUAACCAUGGAAUAGCCCUGAUGGCAUAUAUUUCCGAAGCUCAAGAGCAAACUCCCUUUUACCAUCUGUUCAGUGAAGCUGUGAAGAUGGCUGGCCAAUCUCGAGAAGAUUAUAUCUAUGGCUUCCAGUUCAAAGCUUUCCACUUUUACCUCACAAGAGCCCUGCAGUUGCUGAGAAGACCUUGUGAGACCAGUUCCAAAAAUGUGGUAUAUAGAACAAGCCAGGGCACUUCAUUUACAUUUGGAGGGCUAAACCAAGCCAGGUUUGGCCAUUUUACCUUGGCAUAUUCAGCCAAACCUCAGGCUGCUAAUGACCAGCUCACUGUGUUAUCCAUCUACACAUGCCUUGGAGUUGACAUUGAAAAUUUUCUUGAUAAAGAAAGUGAAAGAAUUACUUUAAUACCUCUGAAUGAGGUUUUUCAAGUGUCACAGGAAGGGGCUGGCAAUAACCUUAUCCUUCAAAGCAUAAACAAGACCUGCAGCCAUUAUGAGUGCGCAUUUCUAGGUGGACUAAAAACCGAAAACUGUAUUGAGAACCUAGAAUAUUUUCAACCCAUCUAUGUCUACAACCCUGGUGAGAAAAACCAGAAGCUUGAAGACCAUAGUGAGAAAAACUGGAAGCUUGAAGACCAUGGUGAGAAAAACCAGAAGCUUGAAGACCAUGGUGUGAAAAUCCUUGAACCCACCCAAAUACCUGGAAUGAAAAUUCCAGAACCUUUUCCACUACCUGGAAUAAAAAUGAUACAACUGAAUGAAAAACCUGAAGAUAAAAGUCAAAGAAAUAUCAACAAUCCUAUGGUGAUCCCAUUUGGAUACUUCCAGUCAACGCUUCCCCGUAGUUCAAACAAAACUGAAACAGUUUAUCCUGUGGAUGGACUCCACUGCUCCUCUCCACUAGUUCAAAUGAAAGGGAAAGAGUUUCUCCAGCAGUCUCCAGGUCCAGUUCCUGUUCCAGGUCCCAAAAGCCAUCCUUCUGCAUCCUCGGGCAAACUGCUGCUUUCACAGUUUGGGAUGGUCAUCAUUUUAAUCAGUGUUUCUGCUAUAAAUCUCUUUGUUGCUCUGUAGUUUGAUGCAUUGUUUAUCUUUCUUAUUCUUUACUUGAAAUAACUAUAGGGAUCCACAGGAGAUCAAAAGGAAUGAUGUAUUUUUUACGUGUUGGCCAAAGUCACUGGAUAAAAUGAGAAUUGUAUAUUUGUUAUUCAUUUUGCAAAUUCGGAAAGUUGGUCCAGAUAUAUGUCACAGAACUUUUCACUUGUAUACUACUCUUACAAUGGAAAAAAAUCCCAAAAACUGUAUACUUCUGAUUAAAUUCAAUAAAAGAUUUUGAUUAGAUA